CAUGGCUGCUGCUUCAGGCUCAGAGAGCGAGGACUCUACCCACCCUCUACCUAGGAAAAACGCCAAGGAGGGAGCUACCACCGACGACGCCCAGUCUGGCGACGAUGGAAGUGAAAAUGGCGAGGAAUACGAGAUUGAAGAAGUCCUUGACGCGAAACGCGGAUAUUUCCCUGAGGGCCGUAUAGGGUAUUUCGUCAAGUGGAAAGGGUAUGGGCCUGAGGACAACAGCUGGGUCGACGAGAACGACGCUGGCAACGCUAAGGACCUCGUAGACGAGUUCUGGGCGAAGAACCCGAACAAAAAGAAAAACGCAUUCCGCAAGUCCCUCGACAAGAAGGAGAAGGAGAAGACGGCGUCACCGAAGAAGCCCCGCAAGUCCGUGACCGCAGACGACAGCUCUGACGCCGGUGUGACGACCACCGCGAAGAAACGGGGUAGGAAGUCCAUCUCCCAGAAGGUGGACUCGGACGUCGAGAUGGACGUCGACCCGCCUGAGACACGGGCGCCAAAGAAGGCGCGGAAGAAUGCGAAUGCGGCGCAGAGCGCUUCCAAGACGAGCAAGAAACGCCCGGAGAGUUCAGAGGAGGAACGGCCGAAGGCGAUCUCUAGCAUGGAGCAGUACAUGCAUCUGGACGACUGGGAGGGUCUCAUCAAGAAAGUCGACACGGUGGAAAAUAUGUCUGGCACGUUGGUCGCCUAUUUCACCCGCAACACUGGGGAAACAGCUAUGGAGAAGACAGAGCUUUGCCGAGAGCGUUUCCCUCAAAAGCUAUUCGAUUUCUAUGAAAGCAACCUCAGGUGGAGAGCUGCUGACGAAGAAGCUUA